GCAGUGACGUCAUGAUGUGUACAGUCCAGCCAAGAUGGCUGACAGUAUCCUGCUAAACCCGUUGUGGAAGAACUCAAAAAAACUUGCUUAUUACAACACUGCAAGACAUUCCAGGUGUUCUUUAGAAGAUGAACCCUCUAACUUGGACGAGAUGCCGCUGAUGAUGUCUGAGGAUGUUUUUGAGAAUGAUGAGAGUGACUACCACACCCUUCCUCGGGCCAGGGUCAACCAGAGACCUAGAGGCCUGGGGUGGUUCCUCAUGGGGGGCUGGAAGAUCCUCUGUGGCAGCUGCUGUGACUGCUUGGCUCGUACGUGUCGGAGGAAGAAGGAGCUGAAAGCCCGAACAGUGUGGCUGGGCCACCCGGAGAAGUGUGAGGAGAAGUACCCCAAGAACGCCAUCAAAAACCAGAAGUACAACCUUUUCACCUUUGUACCUGGGGUUCUCUACCAGCAGUUCAAGUUCUUCCUGAACCUGUACUUUCUAGUGGUGGCCUGCUCCCAGUUCGUGCCAGCCCUAAAAAUAGGCUACUUGUACACGUACUGGGCACCUCUGGGCUUUGUGAUGGCUGUUACAAUGGUACGUGAGGCAGUGGACGAGGUCCGACGGUACCAGAGGGACAAGGAGAUGAACUCCCAGCUCUACAGCAAGCUCACAAUGCGAGGUAAAGUUCAAGUGAAGAGUUCUGACAUACAAGUUGGUGACCUCAUCAUAGUUGAAAAGAACCAAAGGAUCCCUGCAGAUAUUGUAUUUCUAAGGACAUCAGAGAAGACUGGUUCAUGUUUCAUCAGGACGGACCAAUUAGAUGGAGAGACAGACUGGAAGUUGAAAGUUGCUGUUGUUUGCACACAAAGACUACCUGCUCUGGGGGACCUCUUCUCCAUCAGCGCUUAUGUCUAUGCCCAGAAGCCUCAGCUUGACAUCCACAACUUCGAGGGAAACUUCACAAGGGAAGACAGUGACCCUCAAAUCCAUGAGAGUUUGAAUAUUGACCACACCCUUUGGGCCAGCACUAUUGUGGCAUCUGGCACAGUGAUAGGGGUGGUGAUCUACACAGGCAAAGAGACCAGGAGUGUACUGAACACUUCCUCCCCCAAGAAUAAGGUGGGUCUGCUGGACCUGGAGCUGAACCGCCUCACCAAGGCUCUGUUCCUGGCUCAGGUGGUCCUAUCUGUUGUCAUGAUAGUGCUGCAGGGCUUUGUGGGCCCCUGGUUCCGCAACCUGUUCCGCUUCAUCGUGCUCUUCUCCUACAUCAUCCCCAUCAGCUUGCGUGUCAAUCUGGACAUGGGGAAGUCUGCCUAUGGUUGGAUGAUCAUGAAAGAUGAGAACAUCCCUGGUACUGUGGUACGGACCAGUACCAUCCCUGAAGAGCUGGGCCGCCUGGUGUACCUACUGACUGACAAAACAGGCACUCUAACACAGAACGAGAUGAUCUUCAAGCGGCUGCACCUGGGGACAGUGUCCUAUGGGACGGACACCAUGGACGAGAUCCAGAGCCAUAUAGUGCAGUCAUACGCACAGACCCAGCAGUCCAACGGCAGCAACAGCAGCACCAGCUCCACCGCGUCCAGGAAGCCCCAGCCAGCCCCGGCCCCCAAGGUCCGCAAGAGCGUCAGCAGCCGCGUCCACGAGGCGGUGAAGGCCAUCGCGCUGUGCCACAACGUCACACCCGUCUAUGAGUCCUUCGCCAGCGUCAAUGGGGAGACUGAGUCCACUGCCGCCGAGGCCGACCAGGACUUCAGCGACGACAACCGCACCUACCAGGCCUCCAGCCCUGACGAGGUGGCGCUGGUGCGGUGGACGGAGAGCGUAGGCCUGACUCUGGUGAACAGGGACCUGACCUCCCUGCAGCUGAAGACCCCAGCAGGACAGAUCCUAACCUACAACAUCCUGCAGAUCUUCCCCUUCACCUCCGAGAGCAAGAGGAUGGGCAUCAUCGUCCGUGAGGAGACCACAGGUGACAUCACAUUUUAUAUGAAGGGCGCUGAUGUUGCCAUGGCGUGUAUCUUGCAGUACAAUGAUUGGCUGGAGGAGGAGUGUGGGAACAUGGCUAGGGAAGGGCUUCGGACCCUGGUGGUGGCUAAGAAAUCCCUGUCUGAGGAGCAGUAUAUAGACUUUGAGAACCGGUACAACCAGGCCAAGCUGAGUAUGAAUGACCGGGCUCUGAAGGUGUCAGCGGUGGUAGAGAGUCUGGAGAGGGAGAUGGAGCUUCUGUGUUUGACUGGGGUUGAGGACCAACUACAGGCCGACGUCAGGCCAACCCUGGAGCUCCUCAGAAACGCUGGGAUCAAGAUAUGGAUGCUGACUGGGGAUAAGCUGGAGACAGCUACUUGUAUCGCUAAAAGCUCCCAUUUGGUGUCCAGAAGUCAAGAUAUUCACGUGUUCAGAUCGGUCUCCAACAGAGGAGAGGCCCACCUGGAGCUCAAUGCCUUCAGAAGGAAACACGACUGUGCUCUGGUCAUCUCUGGCAACUCUUUGGAGGUGUGUCUGCGGUACUACGAGCAUGAGUUUGUGGAGCUGGCGUGUCAGUGUCCGGCGGUAGUCUGCUGUCGCUGCUCCCCCACUCAGAAAGCCCAGAUCGUCCACCUGCUCAAGCAGCACACAGCCAACAGAACCUGUGCCAUAGGUGAUGGAGGUAAUGAUGUCAGUAUGAUCCAGGCAGCAGACUGUGGUAUUGGUAUUGAAGGAAAGGAGGGGAAGCAGGCAUCCCUGGCGGCAGAUUUCUCCAUCACUCAGUUUAAGCACAUUGGUCGGCUGCUCGUGGUGCAUGGCAGGAACAGCUACAAGCGCUCAGCAGCCUUGGGCCAGUUUGUCAUGCACAGAGGCAUGAUCAUAUCAACUAUGCAGGCAGUGUUUUCCUCCAUUUUCUACUUUGCAUCAGUCCCUUUGUACCAGGGUUUCCUCAUGGUUGGGUAUUCUACCAUCUACACGAUGUUCCCUGUGUUUUCCCUGGUGCUGGACCAGGACGUGAAGCCAGAGAUGGCCCUGCUGUACCCUGAGCUUUACAAAGACCUCACCAAGGGUCGUUCCUUGUCUUUCAAAACUUUCUUCAUUUGGGUGUUAAUCAGUAUUUACCAAGGUGGCAUCCUGAUGUACGGCGCACUGCUGUUGUUUGAGUCGGAGUUUGUGCACGUGGUGGCCAUCUCCUUCACUGCGCUGAUCCUCACCGAGCUGUUCAUGGUGGCGCUCAACAUCCGUACCUGGCACUGGCUCAUGGUACUGGCAGAGUUCCUCAGUCUGGGCUGCUACAUAGCCUCGCUCGCCUUCCUCAACGAGUACUUUGGCAUAGGCAGGGGGUCCUUUGGAGCUUUUCUGGACCUGGCCUUCAUCACAACGCCAGCCUUCCUGUGGAAGGUAUCAGUGAUCACCGUCGUCAGCUGCCUUCCUCUCUAUAUCAUCAAAUACCUGAAGCGCAAGUUCUCACCACCAAGCUACUCCAAGCUGUCCUCUUGAGUCAUCUCCUACUUCACACUUCCUCUAAGAAUUUUUCUUACUCUCUACGAUCCAACCUUUCUUUUCAGUGCUUUUUUUUGACU